UUUCCUGCGCAAAUCAUCAGUUGGCCUUGGCAGCUGGUGGUGCCUGGAAUUCUUAUUCCCUAUCAAGUGCCGCAUCCGCUCAUGUCUCCACCUUCAGGUUCUGUGACCCAUGGCUGCAUCCCAGGAUGCUGCCUCUCAAAAUAGGCAGGAGAAACGGCGGGAGUUGGAUUCACGCCGCAGCAAGUGCCGCAUCCGCCUUGGUGGCCUCAUGGAGCAAUGGUGCCUCCUUAAGGAGCAACUGGGCUUCUCCCUGCACUCCCAGCUUGCCAAGUUCCUAUUGGACCGGUUUGUUGUCAAGCACAGCCUUUGGGGGUACACUUCUUCAGGCUCUGUGUUCUGUACAGGUCCUGAGCCUUUGCCCUCCAAGGGUCUGCAGUAUUUGGUGCUCUUGUCUCAUACUCACAGUCAAGAAUGCAAUCUGGUGCCUGGACUGCAGGGAUCUGUGAGCCGAGAUGGGGGCCUUGUAUGGGAGUGUUCGGCUGGCCAUACCUUCUCCUGGUGCCCAUCUUCAGGCCCUACAUCUUCAGAGGACCCAAAGGCAGUUCCCCUUCCAAAUAUUGGCCAGAGAAACUUGUGUUUGGGAAAUCAGAAGCCUGCAGGUUUGGAAUCUGAGCAUGAUGAGGGAACUCUGGAGACCAGGAUGCUCAGAGGGGUAGCAUUCCCGCCAAAGACCUGCCUGACUUUAGAAAAAGAUAAGAAGGAAGAAGAGGAAGAGGAAGAAGAGAUGUUCAAUGAUGCUGCCCCAUGGACUUCCCCAGAUGACAGAGAGCCAGAUUCCUCUGGACCACCCUCUUCCCCUCUUACCCAAGCAUUUAAAGAGAGGAGGACACCCUCUAUCCCAGCAGCUACCUCUGCUCUUGCUGUGCCAUCAUCAUCAGCUGCAUCAUUGAAUUCUAGAGCUUCUUUGCCUCUGGAAGUCAGGGUACAGUUGGAGCUCAGUACAUCCUCUCAGGUAUCCCAGGACACUGAGCCUCUGACCAGCUCUGGGAGUCAUACCCAAUCUACUGUGACUUCAGUUUGUAAUGAAGACACUGAUGCUGCACAGAUUGGCCCCAAGAGAAUUAGGAAAGCUGCCAAAAGAGAGCUGUUGCCUUGUGAUUUCCCUGGCUGUGGAAGGAUCUUUUCCAACAGGCAGUAUUUGAAUCACCACAAGAAGUACCAACACAUUUAUCAAAAGUCCUUCUCCUGUCCAGAGCCAGCCUGUGGGAAGUCCUUUAAUUUUAAGAAACACCUGAAGGAACACAUAAAGCUACACAGUGACACGCGGGACUACAUCUGUGAAUUUUGUGCCCGGUCCUUCCGUACCAGCAGCAACCUAGUCAUCCACAGGCGCAUCCACACUGGAGAAAAACCCCUGCAGUGUGAGAUCUGCGGGUUCACCUGCCGCCAGAAGGCUUCCCUGAACUGGCACCGUCGCAAGCAUACAGAGACUGAGGCUGCCCUGUGCUUUCCCUGUGAGUUCUGUGGGAAACGCUUUGAGAAGCCAAACAGCGUUGCAGCUCACUGUAGCAAAAGCCACCCAGCCGUGCUUCUGAGCCUACAAAAGACACUGGAGCCCUGUCCCAGUAUCUCUAAUACUGUAAUCAUGGGAUCUAGUCAAGGGUCUAGUCACUCUCUGGCUCUUUAGGUUCAGAUUCUACUCCUCACCAAUAAGCAGUGAACAUUCCUUGAGUUCAGAACCUAGAGAUUGAAA